AUGAUCACUUAUAUCCUGCAUAAUAUCUUUGAUAUUCUUAACACUCCAACUAAUGUUAUUUUACUGUUGUUGGUGUUUAUCAUAACAUAUGGAUUGUUCAGUUUACGUAAACCAUCUGGGUUUCCACCUGGACCAAUGGGAUAUCCGUUUAUUGGCAAUAUGAUUGAAGUAGAUAACGAACCUCUAGUAACUCUUGCAAAAUAUGGUAAGAAAUAUGGAGAUGUAUUUACAAUCAAGAUUGGCAGUCAGCCUGUGAUUGUACUCAACACAGUAGACGUUAUUAAAGAAGCAUUGGUGAAGAAACAGAACGAUUUUGCUGGGAGACCAUACUACUAUUCACUGUCAGGUUUGAUGGCGGAAGAGUGUGAAGACAUUACAUUUGGUAACUACAGUGCUAAGUGGAAGCUGCAGCGAAAAAUAGGACACCAAGCCAUCAGAAACUAUGCAAGUGGAGACAAACUAGAAUCACUGAUACGGUAUGACGCCUUUCCCAGUUUUCAGAGAGCUGUCGCUAGAGAAAAUGGAAAACCAUUUCGUCCCCAUUCACUAAUUUAUCUGCUUGUAGGGAACAUCAUUCUUUCCAUGUGUUUGGGGAAGAAAUUCGAAAAUGACGAUCCUGAAUUUCUAAAGAUUCUCGAAGUUCUGAAUAACUUGGAUCAAGCUAUUGGGAAUGGACUGGUCGCUGACUUUGUUCCAAUAUUUCGCUACAUACCUACUCCUGGUGUAAACAGAUUAAAGAAAGUUCUGAAGGAGUGGUUCAACUUAAUUCAAAAUCAGGUCAAUGAAAGUAAAGGCAAAUUUGACUCUGGUAAUAAUGACGUGAAAAGUCUCAUCGACGAUCUCUUAUCAAUUCAGCGUAAAGCAGAGUUGGCCGGUGAAGACCUUGCCAAGCAACUUACAGACGUUAAUCUACGUCAGACCCUUGCUGAUCUAGUUGGAGGGGGUUUGGAUAUCACCAUAUCUUUAUUAGAUUGGGCCGUUGCUUUUCUGACGUAUUACCCAGAUGUACAGUUUAAAGUACAAAGUGAAAUCGAUGACGUCAUUGGCGAUGGCCGUCUACCGUUGUUAUCUGAUAAGGGUAAACUACCAUACUGUGAAGCAGUAAUUCGUGAACUUCUGCGAAUAAGACCGGUGGUACCGCUUAGCGUACCCCAUGCUACUACAGUUGAUACGUCUGUGGGUGGGUAUGUAGUACCAAAGGAUACAUGGAUUUGGUGUAACCUGUGGAAUGUCCAUAUGAAUGAGAAACAUUGGGACAAACCAGAAGAGUUUCGUCCAGAACGAUUCUUGGAUGCAGAUGGAGCAUUGCUGCCACACCCAGACAGUUUCAUGCCUUUUUCAGCUGGACGCCGAGUGUGUAUGGGAGAAGCAUUGGCUAAGAAUGAAUUAUUUCUCAUUUUCACGAGUUUGUUUCAAAACUACACAUUUAAGGUACCACCUGGGAGCAAGAAGCCAUGCUUAAAGGGACACUGCGCUGGUUUGGUUAUGCGAUGUGUUUCAUAUGAAGUUAUUGCCAUUGAAAGGCGCAAAUGA